ACUGGGGAACAACCGGAAGUGUUGCUUCACGUGUCCUUGUUUGGAUUGAGAUGAAAUAUUGUUCAUUUUUGUGAGACUUAGGCAUUCUGUUAUGGCUUCGGAUGAAAAAAUGGAUCAAACCGCAAACACUGGAACAGAAUCCAUCCGACCUUCCUUUCCUCCUGUCACAGUGUCAGCAACGGAAAGAAAAACGGAGGUAAGAAAGGUUCCAGUGCCUCCACAUCGUUAUACUCCACUUCGUGAUCAAUGGAUGAAAAUAUUUACACCUGUUGUGGAUCAUCUUAAACUGCAGAUCCGCUUUAACUUAAAGACAAAAACAGUUGAAAUAAGGACAUGUACAGACACAACAAAUGCAAAUGCUUUGCAAAAAGCAGCAGAUUUUGUGAAAGCAUUCACACUGGGUUUUGAGGUUGAUGAUGCAGUUGCCCUCAUCAGGCUAGAUGAUCUUUAUCUAGAAUCUUUUGACAUCAAAGAUGUCAAAACUCUCAAAGGAGAUCACUUGUCUCGAGCCAUUGGCAGGUUAGCAGGAAAAAGUGGAAAGACCAGGUAUAUGAUAGAAAACAUCACAAAAACAAGGAUUGUGUUGGCAGGGAGUAAAGUACACAUCAUGGGGUCAUAUCAAAACAUCCUGAGUGCCAGACGGGCAAUUUCUAAACUCAUUCUUGGGAGUCCCCCAGCUAAAGUCUAUGGAAAACUUAGAAGUGUUCAUGCUGCUGUUAUUUGAAGUAAAAUUUGGAGAUAAAUA